AUGCUGGAACCAAUACCCGCGGAUAUGCAUGAUGGAAUCAAUAUCUCCAUACGCAUGCUGGAACCGAUACCGCAGGCAAAAGCGCCGACACCGGGGCGAGCGCGCCGAGGCCGUCGCGCGCCCGUACUACUUUUGCUGGGUUUGGUCUUGAUUUUAACACCCCCAGCUCAUUUUAUCUGGGUUCAGUUUUAUUUGGGGGGACUAGAAAACUUCAACUUUGGUUUGGAAGUGUUGUCUGGAACACAAGAACAAGAAGACCAUAUUCACAUCCAAAUGGAAUGGGUGUCACUUUUAUGCUGGGCACUAUUGAGUAUCAGGCAGUCUCCCGCGAAGUAUCAGGCAGUCUCCCGCGAAGUAUCAGGCAGUCUCCCGCGAAGUAUCAGGCAGUCUCCCGCGAAGACAACAGACGGUCUCCCGCGAAGUAUCAGGCAGUCUCCCGCGAAGUAUCAGGCAGUCUCCCGCGAAGUAUCAGGCAGUCUCCCGCGAAGCAUCAGGCAUUCUCCCGCGAAGUAUCAGGCAGUCUCCCGCGAAGUAUCAGGCAGUCUCCCGCGAAGUAUCAGGCAGUCUCCCGCGAAGCAUCAGGCAGUCUCCCGCGAAGUAUCAGGCAGUCUCCCGCGAAGUAUCAGGCGUAUAGAAACGGAGUUAAAGAUAAUGUUGGUCAGGAGUGGUGUCAUUGACACCACUCAAUGGAGUGCGGCGCUCGCGUCGCGCAACUACCUCUACUUCGUCGUGGAGCGAUUCGGCGAGGAGCUCUACGCGUUGCUGAAGCGCGACAAGACCGCGCUCACUUCGGCGCAGCAGGCGGGAGUCGUCCACGGUGUCGCCGCGGGGCUCGCGCACAUGCACUCGCUGGACCUCGUGCACCGCGACGUCAAGCCGGAGAACUGCUGCGGAUCCCUGGGCUUCUUUGCGCCGGACAUGCUCGACCCAGCGGGCUACGACGGCUGCGCCGCGGAUGCGUGGAGCCUCGGCUGCCUUGCGCUCGAGCUCGCCGCGGGCUCGCGGAUCUUCGCACGCGUCUGGUUCCGCGAGUACAAGGAUUUCUUCGCCCUGCGCGGCGACCGCAACGGCGAGCAUGGACGCUUCGUGGCCAACCUGGCGCCCCUCACGCUCGCGCUCCGGGGCCGCGGCGAGCUCGCGGCGCCGCCGGACGUCGCGCACGACCUCGAGGAGUGCCGGGCCCGGCCGCGAGGCGCAGCAGGCGCGGAGCGCCGUCGACACGUCGCCUUCCGUCGGCGGGGAGCCGCGGGCGUCGCGCGGCACGAGGAUCUCGCCCACGGCCGCGAUCUUCACGAUCAACCCGCGCGCGUCGUCGGCGAUGGUCACGCGUCUGCGCCUCAGUUCCGCAAGGAGGCCCGCCGCCGCGCAGUCCGCCGACGCGCAGCCGACGAAGCCGAGCGACAGCCAGUCGACGUCGAGUUCCCUGAAGUCCGCGAGCAGCGACGGCAGCGCGCGAUGGUCGUCGAAGACGACGGCUUCGUCGACGCCGUACUCCGUCUCGGCGAUGCGGACGACCAUCGGCGCGCCCGGGGGCAGCGUGAGCGCGAGCGCCGCGCGCCGAGCGCGCGCAUAAUAUCAGGGGCAGAUGUUGGCUGUUCGAUCAUUGAGGCACCGUUAGUCCAUGAACUUUUUCAUGUAGUUUUGCAGCGUCGACUGUGCCAUGCCGAGCGUCUCCGCGGCCUCGCGGUACGUCUGGGUUUCAUCUUCGUAAAACGCCUCUACGAUCUGCUCCUCGAUCUCGUCGUCGAACUCCGACUUGCGCCCGCAGUUGGAUCGCUUCCGCCGCGCCGUCCCGUCGCGAAUCUGCGUGUCGUACAGCUUCACGCGCGCGGAACCGUCCGUUCCAUCGAUACCGAACUCACGCGCCGUUUCCGCCGCCGCGCCGCGCGUGGCCGCACCGCCGAGGCUCUGAAAGUGGCGCGAGACCCGCGCCUUGAACGGUUCUUGCACAAGCUUACCGACGGUAACGCGGCGCAUGCGGUGAACAUAAUGACCACCGCGUUGCGUUACAUUCCUCAAAGUAAUUUCGAGGUGCGGCCGACUCCAUUCGGUUCUUACGGUGGCUCCCUUGACUUUGUUGGUGCUCCCUAUGGUCUGGAGCCUGGUGCACUUCGUGCUGCUUCUGAUGAGAUUGUGCGCAACUGGGAUAAUGUGGAGAUUCGCACAAAACAAUUUUGGCAUGGCUUCGAGUACGGUGUGCUACAAGACGAGGAUGCGGAUGCGUUUCCUGCUCACGUCAGGAGAAUGCCCAGACAAGUUGCCUUUAAUCUUAGCUCAGGGCGAGCGCGGGAAUCGAAAUUGUUUCCAUGUCUGCGGCAAAUACUGCACACAAUUCUAGAACGUGUCCGUGUGCUCGGGUUUCAUUUGACGCUCAUGGACUUGCACGUGCUCCGGCAGUCUUCAGAACACGCAUGUUUUGAGGAGCAUCUCGAUUUACACAAUGCCAAUGAUGUCGCCAUAAUCUGUGUUCUUUCUAGAAGUGAUACUCACGAUGAAAGUGAAGGUGCCGAAGAGUAUGCUCAGGAAAAAAGUGGAGUUCACAUCCGGACGUUACCUUUGUCUCAAACAUGUCCCAAAGUACGUUUUCAUGGUUGUGUGUUGUGA